AAUGAUUUAUUCCAUCCUCACUAUUGAUUAACGUCUCAAAUUUUUCUAAUUAAUCAUAGGUUGUCAAUUAUAUCCUAAUACAUCAAUUCUAUUCUCAGCAUCAAUCAACCAAAUAAUUUAACAAUUCUUUUACAAACGGUGACGAUGAAUGACAAGAGUUAGUUAGCUGCCAUUCAAAAGUCUUGUUUUAAUACAAAUCAAAAUUCUUGUACUUGGUGCACAAUCUAUUUCUAUAAAAUCAAAAAUCCUUCAAAAUUAUGAACACCAAUCCUCAAUAUUUUCAAGUUCUAACCCCCGUGGAUCAAAAAAUAUCUAUGCCCCAGAUGGUAGGGCAACAGAUUACCAACAUUUCUGUGCAACAAGAAACCACAUCACAAACUAGAUUAGACGAUCAAUCGGGGAUCUUUGAAUCAAGCAACAUAGAUAAUUCUCAUUCUCAACCCGUAUACAUUGAAUACCCUACUCAUAUCGUUUUAGAUAGUGGGAAUGGAUUCGAAACCGGCGCAGGACAGGAUACCGGGUUUAUGGAUACUGGAUACGACGAACCCGUCACGCCAGAACCGGAAAUGGACCCGGAGGAGUUGGAACGGAUCACUCCCGCCAUAUAUGCUCAUCCCCUUUUUCCGUUGCUCAAGUUGUUGAUGGAAAAAUGCGAGAUUGUCACGAACGGGGAAUGCGAAGAGGAUGCCGCAGGAAAUAUCACGGAUAAACCUAUAAAAACGGAGUAUUACAACUUGAGCCAAGGGGAGAUCAGUCGUGCCCUGAGAGAUUUCAAAGAUUUCAAGGAUUUUAAACGUAUCAAGCAGAAAAAGACACGCGAAGCGAGUCACAGUGACGAAGAAAAUUUUGAAGGUAAAUUGAUGGAAUCUAAGAACGUUGAAAAAAGGGAGGCAAGCGAAAUGGAAUCACAAAAAGAUAAUCACGAGGUAAACGAAGUGGAGAAAUUGGAAUGGAUGGAUGAGGAAAUUAUAGCUAUAACGAAUGACCCUGAGCUCGAUGAGAUGAUGAUAAAAUCCCUCCAAGUGCUUAGGAUCCAUCUGGUUGAACUGCAGAAAGUCGAAGAACUUUGCAAGGAGUUCAGCGCUAGGUACAUCUCAUGUCUCAAAAUCAAUAUCCAUUCCGAAUGCAUGGUGAUAGCUGAUUGCGAUGUCAUCAAUGGUGAUAUCGCAAUGAACGGCGGAAAUAUGAUGGGAUCUAAUAAUUUUAACGCAGCCUACGCCGCUUUCAAUACUUACCCUAACACCAACAACGAUUUCAUUCCUAUAAAUAUAAUGCCCGGAGAUGCAAAUCCCAUGGCUGAAAUGGUGCCCAUAGUACUCAACAAUAACGAAGACGAGCAACAAACUUCCCUAAACAAUCUAUCAUCUUGGUCCCCGCAGCAGCAUAACACCUCAUCCGAAGAGGACAAUACCGAUUAUCUUGACUCACUCGAGAUACAAAAGCCUUUUGAAUCACCGGUAAAAUCUGCCUCAUUGAAAAGUUCCAAAAAUCGUAUAAAGAGCAGCGUGUCAAAUGCUUCGGCAGAUUUAGAAGGGUUCUCCAAAGAGAAUACUGAAGUUAUAAGGGGAGAAAUGGACGACGGAGUGGAUAAGCUGACGACCACGGAGGAUAUCGAAGAAACUAAGGAGGAUAUGUCAGCUCUAAAAGAACAAAUUCAAAAUCAGCAAAUUUCUACAUCAAUGAUAACGACUGGUACUAUACCAAGCGGGUUGCAACAAUCUCAACCGAUGCAACAAAUACCAUCUAAUUCGAUAUUUAUACAGCCCCAACAAGCUAAUAUGCCUUUCGCCUUACCUACUCAGAUGCAGACGAUAUAUCAAAUGGUUCAGACCCCUAACGGAAUUAUAGCUCAACCUAUUCAGAUUCAAACCGCGCCUCAGAUCAUAAUGGCUACGGGCCUUCCCGGAAAUCCUCUUUCUUUUCUCCCUAACGCUUCUAAUACAAAUCAAUCGGGUCAACAACCAUUCAUGAUUUCCCCUUCCAUAAAUAGUCAAUUGAUAAAUCAAAACUCGAGCUUCAAAUCGUCUCCAAAUACCCCGCUAAUUAUGGGUCAGGUUCAAAGUAGUUCACCAGGGCAAGGACUUAUGCCUCCUAUGGUUCAAAUACAAUUGGCUGGUCAACAAAACCCUAGUUACGGAUUUAUAUCUAAUAACCAAGUAACCUCCAAUGGACAGGGCUUGAUUCAAACCAAUAAUGGCUUUUUCAAUUUCACCCCCAAUAAGAACAACACUUUCUACGACAAUUCUCAAAACUUAAGCCAAAAUAGUUCUACUCCCACGGGUAAGGACUCCUUCGAUGACAAGGAUGAUAACUUUUUCCCCGGCAGUGGGAAAAGGGGCGUAUUACCAAAACAAGCCACCGAUGUUAUGAGAAGUUGGCUGUUUCAACAUCUCAUGCAUCCAUAUCCUUCUGAAGAUGAAAAGAAGAUUAUAAUGAAUCAAACUAAUCUUAGUCUUAUUCAAGUCAAUAAUUGGUUUAUAAACGCUAGACGUCGUAUUCUUCAACCUAUGUUAGAUUGUGGCAAGAAUUCUGAUAUCAUUGGUCUCCCAAGUCCAACAUCCAAACCCAAAAAAUACAAGAGCAGUUAUGGAAACAGGUCCUGCACCCAAAAAUUUUGGCCUAGCAGUUUAGCCAAUCCCGUUUUCAUACCCAGGAAACAAAACGUGUUUUUGAGCUCUCAAUUAUCAUACAACAACGAACUCAUGAACGCUGCUAGCGGUCUUUUCGUUUCCACUCACAAUAUCACCACCAUUAAUAAUAGUUCAACUUCUACUGUAUCGAUAUCCACGGAAACUGUCGAAGAUCAAUCAAAUAUCAAUAAAAAUUCGCAGACCUUAAAUACUAUAUGACAUCUAAAUGUAAAUUAUAUAAACAACCAAUUUGAAACUUAUAGAGUAAAACAAUCCCAAUAUUCAAUUAGCUAUUCCUUUAUAUAUAUAUUAAAAAAUUAUAUAAAUCCUUAUAGUUCGAUAAAAAAAAUUUUAAA